GUGUAACAGGAUAUAAACAUCAGCUCUUCGGUGUGUGAAGAUGGAUAGUUCUGAGCUAAGUUUUACUUUAGCUUACCUGGUGUUUAGUCUUUGCUUUGUGUUCACGCCUACCGAGUUUACCUCCGCAGGUAUCACCGUGCAGCACCUGUUCUCCUCAUGGUUAGGCAGCGAGGACCGAGGAUUUAUCCAGUACCACGUCAGGAGAAGCAGUGUGACCCUAUUGGUCCAUACAGCACUACCUUUAGGUUACUACCUAGGCAUGUGUCUUGCUGCUCCAGAUAAAAACCUUGCUUACGUUCACCAGGUGAGUGACGGCUGGAGGACGUUCCUACUUGCCUCUCUCAGCCUGCAGCUGAUUGGCUGGUUGCUCGUCUUCUACUGGUCCCGCCGUAAUUGGACCAAUCAUCCAAUCUGCCAGACCCUGCAGGCCCAUGUCAGGCCCCCCCACACCAGCUGGGGCGCUGUGGCGUCCAACAUGAACACUGAAUUCAGACGCAUCGACAAGUUCGCCACAGGAGCACCCGGAGCCCGGGUCAUCGUCACCGACAGCUGGGUGCUCAAGGUGACCACCUAUCGUGUGUACAUGGCCCUCCAGUCAGAGUGUCACGUGACCGUCACAGAGUCCAGGCAGCAUCAGCUGAGUCCAGACUCCGCCUCACCAACACAGAUCCUCACACUGAGAGUGGAAAGCAUCAACCCGGCUGCCAAAGCCUUCACCAUCAGUGUCAACUCGUUGGAGUACUCUGAGCUCAGAGAGAAACUUCACGCUCCCAUCAGGAGCUCAGCCAAUGUGGUUAUCCAUCAGACCAUCAGUGAACUCUUCCUCGAUACCUUUAGAGCCCAGGUCGACCUCAAUCCCCCCUACACACUUCCCCCUGGACAGGAUCUGGAGCCAUGUAUCGGCUGUAUGCAGGUUCCUGCCAACAGUAAGCUUGUCAAACUCUGCAACUCUGAAGACUCCGACAGGGACUGGGAAUGUCAAACCUGUCUCUGCAGACCCAUGUGGUGUCUGUCGUGUCUCGGUCGUUGGUUUGCAAGUCGUCAGGAUCAACAGAGACCAGAGACCUGGCUCUCCAGUCGAGUCCCAUGCCCCACCUGCAGAGCAAGGUUCUGCAUCCUAGACGUGUGUGUGGUCCGCUGAAUACACACCGAUACACAAAUGCACAGCUGCUGAUGGAGCAUCUAAAGGACUGAUGAGCUGAGGAUGAGGACUGGACUCCAUGAACCCCUCUGAUUGUCUGUACACAGUACACAUGUAACCUACCUACUGUCUAUAUGUAAUCUACAGUAUCUGCUAUCCACUAUGACUCUUCAUGUUUCUGAUAUAAAUCCUCUUUUUUUCUCUCUCUGAUUUGAAGCUGUGCUUUCAACUCAGUAAAAAAAUCUUUCUCAUGAUACCAGAAUUAUAAACUUUGAUAUAAUUCUAGUUCUGUUGGCUUCACAUUAGGGACCUGGGCCUGGAUCUGAGUUCACUUGACUCCAAAGUCUGUUUUGUUUGGUUAGUGUGAACACAAGCAUGCUAUACCUGGGCCUGCUCUGCUCUAUGAGGUGGUCUUUGGCAUGAUCCAUGUGGACUUGGUCAUGGGACAUAGGAGAUGUGAAUGCAACUAUGCUCAACUAAAGCAGCGGUUCUCAACUGGUGGGUCGGGACACAAAAGUGGGUAACAGAGCUGCUUUUAGUGGGUCGCAAGAUGUGCCUGAAAAAAACUGACAUAAAGUCCAUGAUGCACAGAAAGUCUAAGCAGAUAUACAUCCAUACAUUUUAUUUUACUCAGUUUUCCCUGAUAUAAGGUAUAUUUUGGUUGGUUUCUCAAGGUAUGAACUCAUUUAACUUCUCUUUCGAGGGGAACAAAAUAGGUUCUCUAACUUUAAUGUGUAAAUAUCCCAGCGUAUCAAAAAAACAACUCAAUUUUUUUGCCUUACCAAGGGGAACGGAAUAAAAUACAAUGUAAUCAAGCAUAUCAGUUUAGGGUUUCUGUAAUGAUACACUUGUCCUGUCCCUUGUUCGAUCAUGUUUUGUUCCACAUAUGGUACAAACUUCUGUAGCCUUUGUUAAAUAAAUUUAAGUUGUUCAAAAUGA